UUUGUUUUUCAGGUGAUGAAAAAAGCAGACAUGAUCAACAAAAACAUGGUUCACCAGGUCCAGGCAGAGAGGGAUGCACUGGCUCUCAGCAAAAGUCCUUUCAUCGUGCACUUAUACUACUCACUUCAGUCAGCUAAUAACGUCUAUUUAGUGAUGGAGUACCUCAUUGGUGGAGAUGUCAAAUCUCUUCUCCAUAUUUAUGGAUAUUUUGAUGAAGAAAUGGCUGUUAAAUAUAUUUCCGAAGCAGCGUUGGCCCUUGACUAUCUUCACAGGCAUGGGAUAAUCCACAGGGAUCUGAAGCCAGACAAUAUGCUAAUUUCUAAUCAGGGCCAUAUAAAGCUGACAGACUUUGGGCUUUCCAGAGUUACUCUGAACAGAGAGAUAAAUAUGAUAGAUAUCCUUACUACACCAUCGAUGGCAAAGCCAAAACAAGACUACUCACGUACUCCAGGGCAGUUGCUGUCUCUCAUCAGUUCUCUGGGUUUUUAUAGUCCUGUCGGAAUGAACGUGCCAGGGCGUGACUCAAGUCAAUCGUCUGACAGCCUGCAUGGAGUGGUCUCUCCCUUACCUAUGGUCCCAAAGGAAAAUAGCCCUCUUUCAAAUACAUUAUUCAAAACAUGUCUUGAUACUUCUCAAUUAACUCCUGUGAUGCCAGUGAGAAGUUUAACUCCUACUCUACUUCAGUCAAGAAAAAGGUUUGGUACCUCCAGUGCCAGUAGUCAGUCACACACAUACCUGUCCACUAUGGAAUCAGAAUGCUGCAGCAGCCCCAGGUGUGAGAAAGAUGUAGAGCAAAGUGAAGAUCAACUGGGUUCUGCAACAGGGAGAACAAGUACUAAUGGGUCAGCUCUCCAUUCAAAUGUGGAAUUACUGCAUAGCAAAGACAUUAAAGUUUUGAAGAAAAAAGAACUGGAGUCUGCCAUUUCUCCCAUCAGCAGCAAUGAUUCUGGCAGUAGGCAGAAGCUGGGAAGUGAGCGUUCUGAUAUAACAGAUACUCCUGUCACCACGCUGGAUGUGAAAGGCGCAGUCAGAAAAUGUCUUUCUGAAAAUAAGGUUUGGGAAGAAAAACCCUUUGUAAAUAAGAGAGAGGUGACUAUUGAAACAGCAGAAACUUCCAAUCAACAGCGGUCACGUUCAAGGCAGAAUGAGCCUAUCAAAGACGACUAUGUUUUUGAAAAGCCGGGUGUAAAAAGAAGCUUUGAAUUUGUUGACACGAGUCCUUGUCAGGAACUUAACUACCUUAAAAAAAGCAACGCAGAAUACAGACGAGGCUGUCAGAUCUUAGAAUUCCCAGCAAACAAAAGGACAGGUCUGACAACAGAAAUUCAGUCCUUGAUGCUGUCUGAUGAUGGGUGCCUACGUGACACCUGCAAAAGCAAAGAAGAGGUCAAGAGUUUUAUUGGUAACCAGCAAACAGUAGAACACUCACUUACUCCAAUUAUAGCCAAAAAUCUCCUGUGUGAUCUGGAUGCAGGCUAUGAAAAGGAUGACAAAAAGGAAUAUAUGAACUCAAGUUUUUUAGGCCCUGAUGAUGAAAAAACUUUAGGAAUCCUCAGUGUUGAUUCUGAAUUAUCACUUCCUGAAAUGUCUGUUACAGAAACCCGUUUAGAAAAGCAGCUUUUAGAUCUGGACAAAAGUGUUAAAGACCUCUCCUUUGAGGAACCAAAAACAUCAGGAUGCCCUCUACCAUCACCAGAGUCCCAAGAUGCCUCACAAAAUGUAGAGGAAGCGGACGCUGUCCAGGACUGCAAGCCAUUACAUCAUGAAAAGGAUAAUGACCAAAAACGCAUGAAAGAAACUUAUCCUGACACAGGGUUUUCUCCUUCAGAAAAGAUGAUGGAAGUGCUGAAUGUCUUCAGAAAAAAUGCUGUUGCUUUUCGAAGUUAUAAUAGUCCAAUUAACAUAUCCAACAUAUCUGAGCCAUGUAGCAUGGCUUCCUUGGAUACAAUGGAUCUUUCACCUGCUUGUAGUGGCUCUUACCCAACAGCAAUUACUCCGUUACAGAAAGGAAGACCGUAUCGGGUCUAUCAG